AUGGAACCCAACAAUUCAAUCAAUCAAAUCGGCAAUCACAUCGACGAUGAUGGUGAUCAGAACUCAUUUCCAGGCCACCGUUAUCAGAUCAUCACCUAUUCAAUAAAGAGAAAACAUUCUCAAUCUCAGGUAAUCACACUAAUCGAUUCAACACAAGUAAACCCUCUUUCAGAAUCAUCAGUUCUAGGGCUUGUUCUCCUUACUCAUACAUUCUCAUACGAUAUUCAAAACCUCACCGAGUCUUUCCUUCUCGAAAUCCUCGCAAGAUUGCCCUUGAAAUCAAUUUUUAGGUUCAAAUGUGUUUGCAAACACCAUCUAGAUUUAAUUUCUCAGCCUUCAUUUUCCUGUUUCUGUUGCUCACAUAUGCUCACAGCCAGCGCAUCGUCAUCAUCCUUACCUCAAAAUUCUCGGUCCUUUGCUCUUUCAAAAAAAGUAAGCAGAAUAUUAAACCCUAGAUUCUGGGAACUUGCAGAAAAGGAAGGAGAUGAGCUAUGCACUCCAAGUGUUCGAAGAAAUGCUUAA